UGUCAGUGUUGUUAUUAUGUCAACACUGUUUUGUAUUACGUCAUUUGCCAAGUUCGUUGCUUUGUUUACACUUGUCAUACACUUAUCGUUUUCUUGGGUACUUAUCGUUGGUUAAUUGUUUGGAAUUUACCAACAAAUCUUUUAUAUACUGACGGAUUAAUCUGAAAAGCGAAUGCAGGUAUGGCGCCGCCCAAGAAAGAGCAAGGGAGGGGGCGGAAAAAGAUGAAAAGCAUAGAGAGCAGCGAAGACGAGGAAUACCGGAGGAAGAGGGACAGGAACAACCAGAUAGUCAUAGUGGAUCCCACGAUCAGAUUUGAAACCAAUGAUCAAGAUCAGAACUUAAAGAUACAGGCAGCGAAAGAGAAAAUGUAUACGAAAUGCAUACCUUUCCUGAAGGAAAAGUACAGAGAUGAUUUCAGCAAAAGAGAAUUCUCAGUUAAAAGUGAAGAGAUCGAGGGUGAAGUCGAGGAUGCGGACCCAGGAGACACUGGAGAGGGUUCAGCAGUUGAAGAGGGAGAACGAUCAAUUGGAAGAGAAGAUUAA